AGCCACUGGAUCAACAUGAAAGUUAUCCUGGAACAGCUUCACUCCAGGGGUCACAAAAUCACCGUUUUGCACUCUGAUAAAAGCUGGUACAUCCCCAAUAACUCCUCCAUUUACAAUUCAGUUCAUAUUCCAUCACUCUUGGACGACCUGAACUCGAACUUUUAUGUGACAAUGAUGCAGGAUGUCAUGGAUUGUCGUGGACAUUCUACUUUUAUACGCUCAUUUUGUCAACACAGUUUGAUUACACUGAUGUUAAAACAUAGCCAUAAGAGUUUGGUGAACUUGGCAAGUAAAGUUUUACAGGAUAAAUUACUAAUAAAGAAGCUCAAGGAUACCAAGUUUGACCUCAUGUUGACAGACCCUGCGUUUCCUAUGGGGGUUAUUCUUGGUGGUUACCUCAAGCUGCCAAUGGUCUUUAAUGUCCGCUGGAUCAAUAAUGGAGAGAGUCAUCAAUCCAUAGCUCCAUCUCCUGUCUCCUAUGUCCCUGUAUCAGGAAGUGAACUUUAUGAUCAGAUGGAUUUUCUAGAGAGGACAAAGAAUAUGUUGCAUUAUCUCUACAGCCUUUAUGAGUUGCACAUUGUCGUUAACCGAGCAUACGCAGAUCUCUUCCAGAAAUACUUCCCUCCUGGGACUGAUUUAGUUUCUUUGGAGCUCUCAGCUGAUAUCUGGCUUUGUAGAGGAGAUUUUAUCUUUGACUUCCCUCGGCCCACCAUGCCCAAUAUGGUUUACAUAGGGGGCUUCCAGUGCAAGGAGGCCCAACCUUUACCUGAUGAGUUGGAGGAAUUCAUGCAGAGCUCUGGGGAACAUGGGGUGGUGGUCAUGUCUGUAGGGACAAUUGUGUCAGUUCUGCCCCCUGAGAUCACAGAAGCCAUUGCUGCUGCUUUUGCUGAGCUCCCUCAGAAAGUGAUUUGGCAUUUUGAUGGUGACAAGCCUUUAUCUUUGGGAAGAAACACCAAGCUGGUGAAAUGGCUUCCCCAGAAUGAUCUCCUGGGACAUCCUAAGACUAAAGUCUUCAUAGCCCAUGGAGGAACCAAUGGCAUGUAUGAGGCCGUCUAUCAUGGUGUUCCUGUUCUGGGUUUGCCUCUGCUAUAUGAUCAGUUUGACAACUUACUCCGACUGAAAGUUCGUGGUGCAGCUAGGGUGGUGGAGGUCCGAUCACUGACCAAAGACAAUUUCCUGGAGGCUCUAAAGGACAUCUUGGAGAAUCCAUCUUACCGUGAAAACAGCCAACGUCUCUCUCAGCUACACCGUGACCGACCAAUGUCUCCAAUGGACACAGCCAUCUUCUGGAUAGAGUACGUCAUCAGGAACAAAGGAGCGACCCACCUGCAGUCCGCAGGUUUCAGCCUGCCUUGGUAUUCCUACUUCUGUCUAGAUGUAGCAGUCUAUGUAUUGGCCAUAACUGGAACCUCCAUCUGGGGUUUCAUGUUUGUCUGUAGGUUACUCUGCUGUAAGAGGUCCAGCAAGAAGGUCAAACCAGAGUAAUUAAUCAAAUUACUUCAGUUUUUAUAAAUAUACAAUUUUGCUACAGGGUUCUGCCUGUAGCUGAAGCAAAAACAACAAGCUGUGCAAUAUACCAACAUUUCUUCCUCAUAUUCAAUGUUGCGUUAAGACCAUAAAACUCAUCUAAACUACAUUAAAAUGUUAAUUCUGGACAUAUCAAUUGAGAAAACUAAAGUGCUUUUUGCAACAAAUCUGUUUCUGAAACAAAUAUAAAUAAAUGUUUUCUUCCUAUUUUUAAUUGUCAAAUUUGAAUCUUUAAAUUCUA